GUGAUGAACCGGAGGUAGAGCACAGAGCUGGUAGGUGGGGCUUGAGGGGCGGGGCCAAGCCAGAGGGCCUCUCACUGAGGAGCUUCUCCAUUCUGAAAGCUCUCCCAGAACGGAGCGUCGAAGGCAAGAUUGGCACCCAGCACUCGCCUCAGCUACGGAGCCUGGUCCAGAAAGGCAAAGCCAAGAGCAAAGCACAGUUCCAGAUUCCCAGUGGACCGGUACAGCUCUGGCAGACCGUCCUCCUAACGGAACUAUGGAGUCCUUCAGCUCAAAGAGCCUGGCACUGCAGGCUGAGAAGAAGCUGCUGAGUAAGAUGGCAGGUCGGUCUGUGGCUCAUCUCUUCAUCGAUGAGACAAGUAGCGAGGUGCUGGAUGAACUCUACCGGGUUUCCAAAGAGUACACGCACAGCCGGCCCCAGGCUCAGCACGUCAUCAAGGACCUGAUCAAGGUGGCUGUGAAGGUGGCGGUGCUGCACCGCAGUGGCUGCUUUGGCCCCGGUGAGCUGGCCCUGGCCGCCCGCUUCCGCCAGAAGCUGCGUCAGGGCGCCAUGACCGCGCUCAGCUUUGGCGAGGUGGACUUCACCUUCGAGGCUGCCGUGCUGGCCGGCCUGCUGACUGAGUGCAGGGAUAUGCUGCUGGAGCUGGUGGAGCACCACCUCACGCCCAAGUCACAUGGCCGCAUCCGUCGCGUGUUCGAUCACUUCUCUGAUGCGGGCCUACUCACGGCCCUCUAUGGGCCUGACUUCGCUCAGCACCGCAGCAAGAUCUGCGAUGGGCUCAGGAAGCUGCUGGACGAGGGGAAGCUCUGAGGCCCGGGCCCAGCACAUUCUACCUCGGCCAAACGGCAGACUGAGAAAACGACAGCCAACAGGCCUUCUAACCCUGCUCAUCAGCACUAAUGCUUUUCAAUCCUCUGAGACCACCCCACCCCCAAACUACUGGUGGAGAAGAGGCAGAGCCGGGGGUUGAGGCCUCUCUCCGACUCCAGCCCCAGGACAGGAAACAAAGCUGCCUGAAAAAGACGAAGUGAAACUUGGAUCUCUACUUCCCCCAUCAGGGACAUUCGAAGCAGGGAAGCCCCUCCCUUGAGGACCAGGGAAGAGGGCAUAGCCCAACUAACCCUUCAGGGGACACUAGAGACGAAAGGGGGUAUGGGGGCCCUUUGGAGCCAUUCUAGACCUCCAGCUCCAGGCAGAGCCUGGACAGAUGCCAGAGGCUCUGCCCCAGAGCACAGGAAGAAAGGGCCAGGGCAGGGGAAAUUCUCAUAGGGGAAAUAAAACUACUAAAACAUG